AUGAUUGGUUUCAAUUUAAUGGUUAAACGGUAUUUAUCCGAAACUAAUCAUAUAUUAGAACAGAAUGUUGUUGAAAAGAUAUCAUUGGGCAGGAAUAUUUCCAAUCGCUUCAAAUUAUUAAACAAGUCUUCAACUCUAGCUCAAAUUACUUUAAUUAAUAAAGAUGUCCCAAUUAUGAUUAGAAGAGGAUCCCUUUUAGCUAUACAUACAGAUAUUACAGAUGAGGACUGUUUGACUAUCUCAAAGGAGCAUAUUAAUCCAAUUUGGAAUGUUUUAAAAUUUAAAUCAUUCAGAUCCUCAAAUUUUAAUAAGAUUCAAUUGACAAAAGAGUAUGUUACUUCAAUUAAUCAAAUGGAUGAUUUUGAUAAUUGCAAGACACCAAUUCAGUUGCUUGUGUCUUCCCAUGAACAAAAUAAUUCGAUAUAUCAUCUAAAUUUGGAUGGAGCCUUCGAUUGGAAUGUAUGGGGUAGUCAAUCAAUAUUGGCCUUUGAACAGAAUACAAGUUUAGAACUGAUUCCCUCAAAUAGAAUAUUGUUUGAUAAAUUAUCGAGUAUGGCCAACUUUAAUAUCUUGAAAGGCAGAGGCAAUGUACUAAUUAAUGGUCAGGGAACCAUAAUCAAGAUUGAAUUGAAGAACUCAUAUGAUAAAUUACUAGUCAAUUAUAAGAAUCUUUUGGCAAUUAGCGGGAAAUCACAAAUUGAUAUCAAUAAUUCAAUUAAUAAUAAAUUACUGAAUACAAGUGAUAAUUUUAAAACCGUUAAUUGGCAAAUUUUACCUGCUUUUAAGUGGGGUAAUUAUUUGAAAUAUUUAUUUAUUAGUUAUAAAAAUGUUGUCAAUGGAAUUUCUUAUUACUAUAAUAAUUGGAAAUAUGGGUAUCCAAAUGAGUUUUUAGAGAUUAAUGGACCAAGAACAAUACUAUUACAAAGCUUUGAUACUUUUAAAAAUGAUGCACUUGUAAAUUAUCGUUUAGAUAAUAUAUUCAGUUCACAUGUUAAUAACAGUAUAACUACUACUAAUAAUAAUAAUAAUAUUCAAAAAAAUGGAGAUAAUGGUAAGAAUUCAAUUAAAUAUUGGAAUGCAAGAAUCUAUGGAGAUAAUGAAAGGAUACAAUUUACUCCAACUGACAGCCAUUUCAAAAUAAUGAAAAAUUAA